CUUGAUAAACACAAGAAACAGCUCCAGCACCGGGGCUGCACUUCGAGUCUGAGAAAGAACUUUUUUCUUUUCUUCUUUUUCUGCUUUUUGAAGUUCCUCUUGAAGGACUAAGUCUCAAUCGAGACUCGCCAACAUUUUAGUCAUCGCUUCUACCAAGGGCAAAAAGCUGGCUGAAGCAAGUUGCACGCAGCAGUCGGCAAGGAUGUCCUCCACUCCUGUCGCUGAGAACUGGUGCUACACACAGAUCAAGGUCAUCAAGUUCUCAUACAUGUGGACAAUCAACAACUUUAGUUUCUGUAGAGAGGAGAUGGGGGAGACUCUAAAAAGUUCGACAUUCUCAGCUGGUGCUAAUGAUAAAAUGAAAUGGUGUUUGAGAGUGAAUCCAAGAGGUCUGGAUGAAGAAAGCAAAGACUAUCUAUCGCUAUAUCUUUUACUAUUACUGUGUAACAAGAGUGAAGUGAGAGCCAAGUUUAAAUUCUCUAUACUGAAUGCUAACAGAGAAGAGACCAAAGCUAUGGAGAGUCAAAGAGCAUACAGAUUUGUGCAAGGCAAAGACUGGGGCUUUAAGAAAUUCAUCAGAAGAGAUUUUCUAUUAGAUGAAGCUAAUGGUUUAUUACCAAACGACACUCUUACAUUAUUCUGUGAGGUUAGUGUAGAAGGGGACUCUGUAAAUGUAUCGGGCUCAUCGCACUCCGCAGCGCUAAAAGUGCCCGAAUGCCGUCUCUCUAGUCACAUGGGAAAUUUACUCGACAAUGCAACAUUCAGCGACACGGUUUUAAUAGCGGGAGGGCGGGAGUUCAAGGCUCAUAAAGCCAUCCUGGCCGCGCGAUCGCCCGUCUUCAGCGCCAUGUUCGAGCAUGAGAUGGAAGAGAGCCGGAAAGGACGCGUGGAAAUCCUCGACAUUGACCCAGACGUGUUCCAAGAAAUGCUAAAGUUCGUUUACACGGGUAACACGCCACAGAUCCAGGGCAUGGCCGAUGACCUACUCGCCGCAGCUGACAAGUAUGACCUGGAGAGGUUAAAAGUGAUGUGCGAAGACGUGCUCUGCUCCAACUUGACGGUCGAAAAUGUGUGCGACGUCUUGAUCCUCGCAGACAUGCAUAACGCGACACAGCUCAAAUCACAAGCGCUUGACUUUGUCAACAGCCAUGCAACAGACGUAAUGGACUCUACGGGCUGGAAAACCCUCGUGUGCGACCACGCCCACUUGAUAGCAGAAGUCUUCAAGGCGUUCCUCGCCUCUACACAGACACCCAUGAUUGGCCCGCCACGCAAGAGACAAAAGACAUCAUAGCCACGUUCCCGCGAUAUAUUUUCUACGGACUCGUUUCCAGUCUGGUGGCGCUAAAACGCUCGCAUGGGUGUGGUGGCCAUAUUACAGUGAAAUGAGGCUAUGGGGAUAAUGGCAAGAAAAACUGAGACGGGUGAUUCGUCUUGUUUUCCCCAUUAUUCCCAAAAUGUGUGGAAACAGCCUCAAUUGUCGACUGGAAACGCGUCCGUAGUAGUCUUGAAUAAUAUAAUUUAUAUUAACAAACUAGGCAAAUAUUGUAAUGAUAUUCAAGGUUCCCUAAUAUUUUAUGCGGUAAUGUAUAUAUUCGGGUGGUUAUCGGGCCUACCAUUCUUUGUAGAAAAAUGCGUGAAUAAGUGUUACCAAUAAAAUAAAAACAAUUGA